AUGGUGAGAAUUCACAAGUCUACAUCGAAACAAUACCUAACCCUCCACACGGUGGACCAAGCCCACCCAACCGAAAUCUUCUCUCUAGCCCCCACCCCCAACGCCCUCAUCUCCGCCUCCGGCUCCUCCCACCUCCUCGUUCACAGCACCACCACCUCACCCACCUUUCCUCUCACCCAAACCCUCUCCAACGCCCACCGCCUCGGCUGCCACCACAUCACCACCGCCCGCGGCGGUCCCGGCAACACGUUUGUCUCUGUCGGUUUUGGCGGCGACACCAAAGUCUGGCACCGUAACCCCGAAACCGACCAGUGGGCGCUCCACUGGACACUCCCGACCCCCGACAACAAGAAAGAAAAGGGCGAUGUCUGGGCCGUUGCGCUGAGUGCGGAUGAGGGAUACCUAGCGGCUACUACGAGCGACGGACGGAUUCACGUGUGGGAUGUAUUGGGAAAGGCAAAGAUACAAACCUACGAAACGGGGGCGAGUGCAGGUGGUGGUGGUGGUGGUGGUGGACAAGGCAGUGUAGGGACGGGCAGCUUUGCGAUGGCGGUGGAUUUGAGUAGGGAUGGCAAGUUUACGGCGAGUGGACAUGAGAAUGGCGGGGUAUAUGUGUUUAAUAACGAUGCGGGGAGGAUGGUUUAUUCGCUUUCUGGCCUCGCAAAACCAAUCCGCGCCGUCGCCUUUUCUCCAGGCUGCAAGCGUCUCGCCGCCGCUGGCAACGCAGGCAUCAUCGCCAUCUACGACAUGCAGCACGGCGAGCACGUCGCCAACCUAUCUGCCACGGGCACUCGGCCCGCAUGGAUUACAUCGAUCGACUGGAACGACACGGGCGAAUACCUGUUGAGCGGAUCGCUGGACGGCAAAGUCAGGGUAUGGGAUGUGGCGAGGGGUGUCUGUGUCGCGACGCACAGCGAGACCGAGAGUGCCCUCUGGUGUGUGAGGUGGUUGCCAAAGUCGGAGAAGACGCUUGCCCCGGGUAUGGGUAAAGGGGAGAUGUUUGUGGCGGCGGGAGCGAAUAGGAGUUUGACGUUUUAUCGGGAAGCUACUGGGUCAUAGUUUUGUGAUAUACAGUCGGCUCGUGCACUCGUUUAGAACACAUGAGUGGGAUUGUGAGGUUGACCGGCAGAAGAAGAAGGGAGGGCAGGUUCAAGGAGGAGUCUACAGUCAGUUAAGCGUGCUAAGCAUAAAGCUUCACAAGGGGUAGCAGCAUAGCUAAAUAUGCCGAUGAUAACCACCCCAUCAACGCUUGCAAUAUUCCAAAACAACAGGUCUUGGUACGCUAUCGGUCAAACACCCGCACGC